UAAUUGUUUAUUGAGCUUCUCCGAGACUCAGAAAGAGAAACUAAUAAGAGUGAGUUCCAAUCAAACCCACUCACACUCACGCAGACACACUCACACACUCACACACACUCAUUUCAUUCUUCUUUCUGUUCAGUAAUCACCAACCCAACCUAACCACCAGUUUCCUCGUUCGGAAAACUCGCAUUUCAAAUUUGAACAGAGCUAAGGCUCGCAUACUUCGUUCUCCGCACAGAUCUGGUGGUGGAUCAGCGUCACAUCGCUCUCUCCAUUUGAAUGCUGCUUCAAUUGCUCUGAAUUCUGCUCUGAUCUUCGUUCCUCUUGAAAAUGGUGAUAUUCAGUGUUGUAACUCCCGGUCAGGUCUCGUUCUUGCUUGGAAUCAUUCCGGUCCUUAUCGCAUGGAUUUAUUCGGAGUUUUUGGAGUAUCGCAAAACUUCUGCUCCGUCCAAAGCUAGGCACUCGGACGUCAAAUUAGUUGAAAUGACCGGUGAUGCUGUUAAAGAAGAAGACAGAGCAGCUUUAUUAGAGGGAGGAGCGCUACAGCCAGCAUCCCCAAGGGCUCGAAAUUUAACUACCUCAUCAUCAAUAUUCCGAUUCCUUUUGAUGGACCAGCAUUUCCUGAUUGAAAACCGUUUGACACUUAGAGCAAUGUCUGAAUUUGGUCUCCUUAUGGCUUACUUCUAUUUGUGCGACCGUACAGAUUUCUUUGGCUCAUCUAGAAAGAGUUACAAUAGGGAUCUCUUCUUAUUCCUCUAUUUUCUCCUCAUCAUAGUUUCGGCAAUUACAUCAUUUAAGAUACAUCAUGACAAGUCAGCAGUGACUGGGAAAUCCAUCCUUUAUUUGAAUAGGCACCAAACUGAAGAAUGGAAAGGCUGGAUGCAGGUAUUGUUUUUGAUGUACCAUUAUUUUGCUGCUUCUGAGAUAUAUAAUGCGAUCCGUAUCUUCAUUGCUGCAUAUGUUUGGAUGACUGGGUUUGGGAACUUCUCCUAUUAUUAUGUUCGAAAAGAUUUUAGUCUAGCAAGGUUUGCUCAGAUGAUGUGGCGGCUCAAUUUCUUGGUUUUAUUCUGUUGUGUCGUCCUUAACAACAGUUACAUGUUAUAUUACAUCUGCCCCAUGCACACCCUUUUUACUCUUAUGGUUUAUGGGGCUCUUGGUAUUUUCAACAAGUACAAUGAGAUUGGGUCAAUCAUUGCUGUAAAAAUCGUUGCUUGCUUUCUUGUUGUUAUCUUAGUAUGGGAGAUACCUGGAGUCUUUGACUGGGUUUGGAGUCCUUUCACUUUCUUGUUCGGUUACACUGACCCUGAUCCUUCUAAAUCACAUCUUCCCCGCUUGCAUGAAUGGCAUUUUCGCUCAGGGCUUGAUCGCUACAUAUGGAUAAUUGGAAUGAUUUAUGCAUACUUUCACCCAACUGUUGAACGAUGGAUGGAGAAAUUGGAAGAAGCAGAAAUCAAGCGCAGAAUAUCAAUUAAAGCUGCUGUUGGAAUAACAGCUUCUCUGGUGGGCUAUUUCUGGUUUGAAUAUAUAUACAAGCUGGAUAAGAUUACAUACAACAAAUACCAUCCUUAUACCUCAUGGAUUCCCAUAACGGUUUACAUAUGCUUGCGAAAUGUUACUCAAAGUUUCCGUGGCUACACACUUACCCUGUUUGCAUGGCUUGGAAAGAUUACGCUGGAGACUUACAUUGCCCAGUUCCAUAUUUGGCUGAGGUCCGCUGUUCCAGAUGCCCAACCCAAGCUGUUGCUUUCGCUGAUCCCAGACUACCCAAUGCUGAACUUCAUGCUUGCUUCGGCCAUAUAUGUUGCGAUUUCUUAUAGGCUGUUUGAGUUGACAAAUUCGCUGAAAAUAGCAUUUGUGCCCAGCAAAGACGACAAACGUCUUUUAUACAAUUUAAUUACGGCAACAACAAUUGCAGUUAUUUUAUAUUCCUUGUCUUUUGCGUUCCUUACAAUACCUCAAAUGCUGGUUUGAUAGUUAAAAGCAUGUAUAGCAUAUAUUAUUGAUGCAAGCUUCUAUGGCAUUCAUGCAACAAGGAUGUUUGGCUUGUCAAAAGGAAAAAUGAAGCGUUCUGAUAAGGCAGCUAUAGGGGAACUGGAAGUUGUAUAGUUGAGAGCUCAGCAGAUGGCAUACCUAUUUUUAGUAAUCCAAUCUCAUUCUUUUCCAAGUGUUGUAAAAUAAUAAUGCUUGUAAUACUAUCUAGUAUUUAGCAUGUAAAAGUAGUGUGUGCGUUUUUCAAAAUCCGCACCUCAUUCUUUCCGAGAAGGUUUUGUGAAAGGAUCCCGCUAGGGAGACAAUGGACUAUUUGUACAAUGUGUACAUGGGCUAUUGAAUUACAAAAUGAACAUUUCCCA